AUCGGUUGCCAAAUCCAAGAUGGCGCCGAGUACAGUACAAAAAUUAAAAGCGGCUGUAACAGGCCAACCAAACGACGAAAGUUCACUUAUUACCGAGGUAACGAAAGUCAAAUAUAACUUUUUCUACAUGUACUUCGUUGUUUACUUGUAAUCAUGUAUUUUGUCUGGAAAUUCUAUGAUAUAACAACUGAGUUGAGCAUGCUAGGACAGGGAAUAAUUUAUUAGAAAUGUAUUUUCAAUUGCGAUUUCAAAAAUUAAGUGACUUACAGGUGAAGCCGGUAACUAAAUGUUUUCUCUGCAAGAUAAUACUGUAAUAUAAAUACUACCCUGUGUUGGUGACUGGCAGCUGAAUUUUAAAAAUACUUAGCGUUGAAACUGUCAAUAAUAUAAACAAGCUUUCAUUUGGUAGAGAUGGAACUACCUGAAAAAUAUAAGGAGAAUUUCUUCUUAUAUUUUUCUACCAACAAAAGCUUGUUUAUAUAUGACCAUCAGUUCUGGCAUUUAUAGUUAAAGUGCAAUUUUAAAAAAUAAACUGAUCCUCGCCCUAUUGUUGAAGAGAGUUAAAACUAGUCGGGGAAAAACAAGUUUUAAGUGAAAUUGCUACAGCAAAUAAACAACAUCCAGAAGCAGGCUUGAACCUGGGAACCAGAACACACUAGUCACAUGCGUAACUUUCUGAGCUGCUGUAGUGACUGUCGGUCAUUUAGUAUAUUCUUUGAAGUAUAACCUAUGAGUAUAACUGGCUGAAAUAGCCACUAUGGGAAUACUAAUGUAAAUAUUAUAAUAAACAAUUGAAGGUAUUCAGUGGCAUAGCCAAGGGUGUGGAGUGGGAGCGGCAAGGGGGGCUCUGCCCCCCACCAUGGCCAAAAGGACUGCCCUUGUGAAAAGCUGAAAUCAGGGUGAAAAGCACAUAUUUUGAACUUGAAUUUAUGCACAUAGCAGCAGUUCACCUAUCCCAUCACCGAACGCUGCGAUGAACGUCUGUUUAACAUUGAAUUAUUAUUAAAUUUCUAAGCCCCCAUCAAUGUACAACAGUUUCUUCUAGAUGAGUAAAAAGUAUCUGCAAUGAAAUGUUAAAGGAGGCUGCGCUGGUGCUUAUGUUGGAGGUCUAUUAAAGUUUACCAAACAUCUUAGGAUGGCCAUGAGUUAAUUAAUUGGCAAUUCCAGCUUUUAGUUUAUGCCUGCAGGGGAUAUGAUGGGAAGUAAGGUAUCAUGGUGCUGAUUAUGCUGAAAAAAAUCAAUAAAAACUACCGAAGCAACCAAAAUAUUUCAAUAUUUACAAGUAUAAGCUAUCACUCUGUGUUUACACGGCCACCAUUUCUAUUUUUUCAGCAUAAUCAGCUAUGUGAUGCCUUACUUCCCCUGCCGCAUAAACUAAAAGCUGGAAUUGCCUAUUGACUCAAUCCAAGCUUUAAAGGGAACUUAUUUAUUUUUGGCCUAGAUAUCAGAUGCUACAACAUUGAGCUGGUCUACAAGAAUAAAAGGGUUUAUCAUUUGUUUUGUUGUGGGAGUUGGCCUCACGCUUCUUGUGAGUAUACAGUCUUUCUGAUCACGAAAGCUUAAUAAACAAAUGCCAUGAUCUCAUCAAAAUAUUUGGUAUUCUUAUAGGGAAUUGUUAUGUUAUUCCAAAACAAUUAUAAAUUGUUUGCUGUUUUUUAUACAUUUGGAAACCUCACAGCCCUGGCAAGGUAACAAAUAAAAUAAAAUUAGAUGUCAGCUUAAAGGUAAUUAAUUAAUUAAAUAUUAAUAAUUCAAUGAUUUUUGAGUUCAUUUGAAUUUUGUAUAUAAUUAAUUUUGAUAUGUAUAUAAUUUCAGUUCCUUUUUCCUCACUGGACCUUUAAAACAACUGAAAAACAUGUUCAAAGAGAAACGAUUUAUUGCAACUAUAGUGAUGUUGGUAUGUGCUUUAUGUAAAAUGAGAAGCAGCACUCUCCAUUUGAUGAGUGAAAUCAUCUUGCAUUAGACAGAGUAAAGUAAUAAAGUAGGGCACAUUACUACUUAUAAAGAGUUAACAGGUGCAUAGGCAGAUAUCGAGUGUCUACAUGAGUCUCUCCUUGACAAGUAAAUUGUCUGGUGUAAGGAAACACUGGCACUUGAAGAGUUCAAUUUAAACUUCUGGGUAUGGUUGUAGAAUACUUGCUAAAUUAUAGAUUUUCUUAUGCAUAGGUUUGCCUUGUAUUGACCUUAUGUGCUGCAUUGUGGGUAAGUUGAAAAUAGUCUACAAUCAUGAUCUUUUUGUUCUUUUUUCCUAAAUAUUUAUACCACUUUCUCAUUUUUUUCUAGUGGAAAAACAAUGGAUUGGCUAUACUGUUUGCAAUACUACAGUAUUUUGCCAUGGCUUGGUAUGAUUUUCCUCCCUAGUAUAUAUAGACAUGACCUUGUGGUUAGAGCACAGAAUAAAUAUCAGUAACAGAAGGGCAACUCAGCAGUGUAACGUGUCCUCGUUUUUUUAUGCAAAAAUAUGCAGUUUACUGGCCAGAAGGCGGAGCAGCCAGCCAGUACAACGUGUUUAUUGGCCAGAAAAUGUCAUUGACUGGCUAGGGAAAUGGUGGCAAACAUGCGUAAUGCGACAUGCGCGAGGACAGAAACUUCAAAGCUUCCGACGUAAGUUGCCCUUCUAUGUGGAUCUUUAUUCUAUGGUUAGAGCUUGACAACUGACCUCUGUAGCUCAGUUGGUUAGAGCACUGCACCGGAAUCACAGGUUCAAUUCCUACCAGGGACCUAAAGUUGCAUUUUUUGCAGAACUUGUUCCUGGUUAGGUCUAAUGAAAUAUAUAUAAUUUUCAUCUACAAUACCCUUCAAUUAUUUUUUCUAUAUUAAUUGCAUUCUUUAACAACAUGUGUUUUUUUCUUGGACUAGGUAUUGCUUAUCGUAUAUACCAUUUGCAAGGUGAGAAUAUUUUGAUUGUAAAAAACAUACCCCCAAUUUUCUUUUUCUCCCCUGCAAACUAUAUUGAAAGCUAAUGUGUAAUAUUUUAUUUUAUAUAGGAACGCAGUAAAAGGUUGCAUCAACAGCUGUCUGGCAUAAUCCAAUAGUUGUAAAUUUAGAGGGACUUUAAUAAUACAAACUUUACAAAAAGUAACAACAAAUCCCAUAAGAAAAAAUCCAAUUUUAUUGGAAAUCCGUUUGGACCAAUUGCCAAUUGAAAUGAGUUUUUCUGUCCAAAGUUCAAUGGUAAAAUUUAAAUUUCUAUAGAAAUUCGCCUCGAUUUCCAACUGGAUUUUAUGUCAAGACAAACUACACACAAACGACAUAGAAUAGUUCAUCUUGACAAAUGUCUAUCAAUUAAAUUAAGCAGUGGUAAAAUAUUCCUGAAGGUACUGUCUGAAUGACAGUUUUAUCAAUUUUGUCUGUUCAAAGUUAGAUAAGACUUCGUCCAUUUCCAGAUAACACAAUAUUUUAAUAAUAAUUGAGCUCGUCACGGAAUGACGAGAAGUCAGAAUAAGUACACAGUGAAACUACAACUAGUUACCAGUUUCCUAUUCUACAGGUAACCCAUUAUGUUCUAUCUCCCCCCAAGUCUUAAAUGGUUCUUGGAUCAGAGAGUGUUUAAGACUGAUUGUCUGAAUAUGAAAAGUUAUAUAAAGGUCUGUGAUUAUUCUUUUAGUCCUUUUAUAUUGUGGCCCAGUAGUCUUCUCAGGGCUAAUGGUGGUUUCUUGUUUCUUGAAGGGACCUGGUUGUCGGUUGCUUGUUGGUCCGCUGUGGGUGGUGGAGUACCUGGAGUUAUUGGUACAACAUUGGGGGCGGUAAUCGGUAGUGGGUUUUCAUCGGUUGGGAUGCUUGGUGGUGGAAUGGGAUUGAGUGGGUUUCUCGGUUUUUCGCCAUUGUAGUUAGGUUGAGGUUGUUCGGGUAGCGUUGGUUGUGGGUCAGGGAGGGUUGGUAUGUCAGCUGGAGGUGUAGUGACGUGGCGUAGAUCAUCCAUGAUCGUGUGACGAGGUGGUAAGAUACCAACAGGGACAUAUUGUCGUAAGAACUUGCGAUUGCGCAUGGUGACUCUACCGGAACCAUCAACUCUGACAACGUAUUGGUCAAACUGGCGUACUUCCACAAUAACGCCGGUUUUAUCCCAUUUGGUGGGGUGGGGGCCAGUUUGAUUUUGGAUGCGAACAUGGUCGCCAACUUUCAGGGGUGGUAGUCGUUUGGUGUGUUCGGACCAGCGUUCUGACGCUUGCAUGUGGCGGUUUCUUAGAGCUUGCUCUCUGGCAGAUAGGGUGUCUCUCCAUGUGGGGUGGGGAAUGUAUCGGCCUGGUAAUAUGGGGAUGAAGUCCUUGAUGGGCCUGCCGAAGACACAUUGUGCGGGGGAUAGGUUGGUGUUUGGGUCUGGUGUGUUGCGAUAUUGUAGGAUUGCGCGUUGCAAGGAGUCGGUGUCAAGACUUCCUCGUGUGUCUGUGUUGUUGGUUAUGAUGCGUUUAACGGUUUUAACGCCUAUCUCAGCCCUGCAGUUGGAAUGCGGGAAUGCCACAGAGGAAAGACGGUGGUUAACUCCCCAAUCUUUAAAGAACUGACGGGUGGAGGCUGCAGUGAAUUCUGGGCCACCAUCUGUAGCACACUCAUCAGGGAUCCCGAAAGUGGCAAACAGGCGUCUCAAGCAGUUGAUUAGACCUUUCGCCCCAUCUUGUGCUCGCUCGAUGAUUGGCCAGUUCGAGUAACGGUCAACAAUUACGAGGUAUUGUAUGCCUUUGUGGUGAAAGAAGUCUGCACAGAUGCAUUGAAAAGGGUAGAUCGCUGGUGUGGGAGGAUAGGGUGGGGCGCUGGGUUGAGAGGGGGCCAUGCGGUUGCAGUGUUGACAGUUGGUUCGAAGCGCUGUGAUAGAGGGAGUGAUGCCUGGCCAGAAGACUGUUGACUUGGCUCGUGCUAUCAUGGAGGUCACUCCUUGGUGGGCACAAUGUAGUACACUGAGGAUGUGUGGGCGGAGGGGGGGUGGGAUGACAAUUCUCUCCUUGUACAUGAUGACACCGUCUAUGGUAUGGAGAUGGUUGUGGAAUGGGUAGUAUUCUUGAAGGUUGGGUGGUAAUUCGUGUCUGAGCUGGGGAAACCCAGAUUCGAUGAGAGUGAUCAAUUGUGUCAUGUCAUGGUCGCUUGUGGUCGCCAGCUUAACUCUCUCCCAUGUUAUUGCCAUGGUGCUGAGUGCCGCCAAGGCUGAUGAAGCUAGUUGAUCAUCUGGGUUGUAGUUGCGUGGUGGAUCCUGAGAGCGGAUGCCUGCUAGGAAAAAGUAGCCAAAGUUGUUGAAGGGGAAGGUGGCUUCUGAGUCAGUGGUUGCUGCGACGUCGUCUGGUAGUAGCAUCCUUUCUGGGUUGGUUGGACCUGUUGGGUGGCGAGAUAGAGCGUCAGCAGCUCUAUGCUUAACGCCGGGGACGUGGACCAUUUUGAACCGAUAGCGAAGGGUUUUUUCCUUGAGGUUUCGUAGUCUGCCAUUGGGUAUGUCUUCGAAAGAGCGGUCGCCAAACACUUUUAAUAAUGGUUUGUGGUCAACAGCGAUUGUGAGGUCGGUACAGCCCAAGACAAAGAAUCUGGCCUUGUCGAGAGCAUCAGCUACGGCCAGAGCUUCUCCUUCUAUUGGCGCAUAUCGCGAUUCUGCGGCAUGGGUGAAACGACUGCCGACUAGUGUGACUUUCCACCCGGUUGGGCAGCAGAACGUGUCAGUGGAAUCACAGGUACAAUGUUUUUGGAAUAACCAAAAUCCAAUGCCGUUUUUUGACCAAUCCGUUGCCAAGCAUGUUGGUUUUGAUUUGUCAAAGAUCUGUACGCCUCUCUCGAUUUCGCUGACGAUCACUGAUUUGGAUUCCUCGAAUAAGGUGUUUAGCUCAGGAGUCCAAUGGAAUGUCGAGCCAGGCUUAAGUAGCUCGCGGAACGGGAGCAUUCGUUCUGUGGAGGAGAAGGCAUAAGAGACUUGGUUGAUUAGACCGAACCAAGAUCGGAUGUCGGUUAUGUUGGUAGGUUUCGGGAAGUUGAGGAUUGCAUUUAGGAAUUUCUUGCAAGGACGCACGCUGUCAGGGGUAAUUUCGAAUCCAGCAAAUUCCACAGUGUCAGCUCCAAAGACGAACUUUUCCGGGUUCAGUAUGAUGCCAUGGUGGCCACAUAGGUCCAACCAAUCGACUGCCUGGAAGAAACUCUUGCGGAGGUCGGUCGCCCACAGCAAAGUGUCGUCGACACACUUGGUUUUGUUUGGCACAUGGGCGACUAGUUCAUCAAACCUUCGUGAAUAACCGUCACCAGAGGCUAUAUAGCCUUGCGGAGCAGUUUUGUACCUAUAUCGGCCCCAUGGUGUGAUAAAGGUUGUGAGGUGAUGGUCGUCUUUGUGUAGUGGGAUACUGUGAUAGCCAUUCCAACAGUCAAAGACUGUCUUCUUGGUAUCACUUGGGAUGGAGCGGGCCUGGUGGAAGGGGCUCUGAGUGUGGUGGGUCUCCCUGGUUGCAUGAGCGUUGAGGGCUUGAAAGUCAAUCGUGCGGCGAGGUUUCCCAGUUUUCUUUGCACACACAACCAUCCUAUGGCACCAUGUUACGGGUUCUCCGACAGGUACGGGUUCGAUAACACCCAAGGCAACAUCAUGGUCCAAGCCAGCUUUCACCUCUGCUUGCCAGUGAAGUGGGAUAGGGACAGGGUUGUGGUGGGCAACAGGUGUUGCAUUUGGGUCAACCAUGAGUCGCAUGGGGAUGCUUUCCAUUAGGGGUAGCGGUUGGUGCUCACAGGUGUUGAAUGUGCUUGACUCGUAGUAAUCAAGUAGCCAUUGUUGUAGGCGUUUUCGGUUAUCUUCCGUGGCUGGGAAUGGGAGGUGUGUUGGUUUAGGUGGUGGUGUUCUGCGAUGCGGGCAACCACAGGAUGGAAUGGGUGGUUCGUUGGGGGGUUUGGGUUGCGUUGGUGGGUGAAGUUCUGUUGUAGAGGCUGUCUCGGGGUCCGUGGUUGGGCAGGGACUUUCGCCAAAAGUGGGAAAUGUGGAAGAGAUUAAGCCCAGUGCUGUACAGGCUUCUCGGCUAAGGAAUAACUUGUCAGAGUCAUGUGUGACAUAGACAAUUUGGCGGGUUUGUAGGGACUGUCCAGAGGUAGAUUGUCCCGAGAAUCGCAGGAUCACUGCACCGAUUAUUUUGAUACCGUUGUUGUUUGCUGCGUGCAUGUGCAUGGUAACUGGUAUCAGGUCGUCUUCACGCAGGCCGAGGCGGCGAACAACGUUCAUACUAGCUAAACAACUUUGGCAGCCAGUGUCUGCCAUCGCGGAGAGGGUUCUGGUUUUGAUUUGUCGAGUUGCGGGUUGGAAUCCUAAAGCUUGGUAGUCAUCGGGGUGGACUGUAGCUGUAAGCUUGAUGAAUGGUUGAGGUUGAGAGGGUUGUUUGGUCCAGCGAUUGUUGAGGUUGUCGUAUAGGUGGUGAUCGAGCAAAACCUGGUUGCGAGGGGGUUGGCUGUUGCCGGUUGUUGAGCAUAAGGCAUCAAAUACUGCACCUUCGCCAGCAUGGGAGGGUGCUCGUCGUUUGGGUUUAUCCUUGCUGCGACAAACAUUCUUGAAAUGGUUAAGGCGGCCGCAAUGUUCACAGGUUUGGCCAUAGGCAGGGCAAGUAUUUUUUCUUAUUUUCGGGGGUGCGUUUUUGCCGUGUCCGUGUUUACCACAAUAAGAGCAACAGUCCUUUUGGUCUUGGGUAGGUUGUUGCUCAAUGGGGGUAUUCCUUGCUUCAUUUUUGCCUCGACGGUAUUGACUGCGAGUAGAAUCUGCGCCUUGGCUUUGGAGUAGCUGACCUGCUGACCUCUUUCCGGAUUCUUUUCUUUCAACGAAUUGUAUGACUUCCUCUAGGGUUUUGUCCUGUUUUUUGUCAGCAAGAAGGUCUAGUUGGAUCUCACCGUCAGCCAGGCCUCGUGUUAGGACGUCACAUAGUAUAUUAUCGGUGUAGUUCACACUUGUGGCGCAGUUGGGGCAAGGUAUGGUGAAUUUGCACACGCUGGCCUGGCCGCGUGCUCGAGCGCAAAAGCUACGGAUGGCUUCGUCACGAUCCUGGUGCAUGUUGUGGAGUUGUACACGAGCUACCAUGGGAUUUUCCUCUCUCACGGCGAGCGAUUUGAUUGCCUGGGUAACCUCAUCGAUUGGCUUGUUUGCAAUUGAGCCACCUGCAUUACGUGUAAGGUCCUUGCGCAAUUGUUCAUCGCAACAUUCUAGGAGUUGAAGGACUUCGUCUUUGCCCUUGAGUUUGGUUGCUUCGGUGUAAUCCUUCCAACGGGAGAGGAAGUAAGACCAAUCUUCGCUUGUCCCUGCGGAGGAGAUUGUUGGGCGUUUGACUUUCUCCACUCUUGUAGCAGGUUGUGUUGGAGGUGAUGUUGGUGUGUGUAUACCAUUAGAGUGGACUGUUAGUAAGACAGCUGCAAGUCCGUCUUCUACGUCUUCGGUUUCAUAAGUGCAUGCAGGGAAAGGGCAUUUGUAUUUCGGCAUUGUUUAAAUGCGUGGAAAUUUCCUUUAGAUGUUUGUUUUGAGCUUUAUCUGAGGAAUAUUCCUCGAAGUGGAAGUAUUAAUUCCUUGGAGUCGAUCACUGGAGUCGAUAAGCUAAGUGGAAGCACUGAAUUUUCCCGACGCGUGUUUUUCAAGAUGGCUGCCGAAUAUUUCGCAAAUCGCGGUGAUAUUUCGUCGCUUUUAAGGACGUUGACGGAUGCUCUUGAUCUUCGCUUCUUGCUCACAGCUUCAGGGAGUUGUUUGAUGACUUCUCGUCAUAGAUAAGACUUCGUCCAUUUCCAGAUAACACAAUAUUUUAAUAAUAAUUGAGCUCGUCACGGAAUGACGAGAAGUCAGAAUAAGUACACAGUGAAACUACAACUAGUUACCAGUUUCCUAUUCUACAGGUAACCCAUUAUGUUCUAAAAGUAGCUAGGGUUUGUUUCUGAUAUAUGUUAAUCUUACCUCAUUCGUUCAAUGAUCGUCCUUAAUUCGUCAUCACUGAUAAUUCUAUUUGCAACACUUUGCACUAUUUGAACAUCUUGCAAAGCUAGUAAAAUAAAGUUGAAAUUCAUACAAUAUCUAUAUUUAAUAUGUAUUUGUAGUUAGAAUUUAUAUAAAAUGCACUCACCAUAAUGUCCCAUAAUGUAAAUUAAUAACUAAAGACUGAAAUAGUUUCCUAUUAAUGGCUAUGUUAGCUGUACUCUUUAAAAAAAACUCAAAAUAAAAUACCUGAACUUCAGUACAAAACACGUUUUGGAACAAUCAAAAGUUGUCCAAAGUAAUAGUAUUCUUUUUCAUAGUCAAACUUUCGUUAUUUAGCGUAAUAAAAAAUGGUUCCACCUCAACUUUUUGGUUGCGUGAAAAUGUAAAGCAGUCAAAACUCACCAAAAAACCAGGUUGAUGUUUUUAGAUGGAAAAAUGCUUGCUGUCGCUCAAAAACAAACUUUUCAUUCAAUUUUGUCGAGUAUUUUCCCGCCCUUUCAAUCCAACCAAUCACAAGCUCAGUGAUCACAAGCCAAUCGUCCAUGAUUAGCGGUCCAGUUAUUAGCGUAUAGCGCAGUGUUCAAUAAUGGACUUUUUCAUCAAAAGUGACGCCAUAUUGAAACUGCUAUGUAUUGUGGACUUGUGGUUCUAUGAAUUGAAAAUUCACUGGUUGAAAAUAAUGAAAAUCAACCAGUCUACAGUAAUUUUAUGAAUUUAUUUCGAUUAUAUUUACAUGUUAUCUAUUGGUAUACUAAUUAAAAUACAUUAAAUUUAAAAUCCUAAAAAAUAUUGAAAACUAUUCAAGUAAAGUACAUGGUGUGACUGUGUUUCUCUUCGACUUUAAUAUCAUCAUUGACAAUUCUGAGAAUUUCUUCUUGCGAUUUCGGUUUCCUGCCAUUGUAAAAUUUCCUGGAAAUGUACAUUAAAGUUAUUCACUCGAUAACGUAAUCGCUGCGACGGUGUGGGUUGUAUUUGUUUCAACAGUUCCGAACUGUUCUUGUUACAGAUCCAGUAAGGUUCAUCCCUUGUCAGACCCCUGUGAUGUGUUUGGUGAGGGCGAUCUGGAGAUACGUUUCUGACAUUCGACUGAGGCGAAAAUAUAAUCACACAAAUGAAAGUACUACCACAGAUGAGGUAGAUACAGAUGUGAAUCUUCCGUCAAAUUGCUGAUUGUUUUGUGUCACACGGAAUUCUCACUUCCGGCGAGCGCUGGCAAGUGUCGUUCUGAAAUUUAAUAAGGAAAGAGAUAGGAAAACGCCGUUCGAAAGACGAAAAAUUGUUUUUUUAAAAAAUCUACGCUACCGACGGCUAUUUUUGGAAUUAAUUCUUCAAGAGUAACGGUAAGCG